AUGAACGUUCCUCACAUACCCGGAGUCCACCCUGUGGCUAUUCCCCGACCUCAAGUUGGCAUUGAGCGCCUUCCGACUCGUCGCAUGAGUAAUGAACCACGCGAAUCAAUGAACUGCAAGUCGUGCCGAAAGCGAAAGAUUAAAUGCAACCGACUACGACCUUCCUGCGAGGCUUGCCAGGUGUUCCAAUGCCCUUGCAUUUAUGCAUCGCCGUACCGGCCCUGCCCAGCAGCGAAGGCUAAUUCAGCUGCAGACGCGGUCCCCAAAAAGCGUGGACCAAAGACAGACGUAUUGGAAGCACUUUUGAAAAGAGUUGACGGGCUCGAGGCAAAGUUAAGAGAAAAGGGCGAAGACGAUGUGUCGCUUGCAAGCUCAAAUUUGCCAGGAGGUGGAAAGGGAGAAGCUUCCGAGAAUGGCUCUCAAGUCACUGAAGUUGGCGAGUCGAUAACCAAACGUGCAACAGUUGACGCGCGUGCAUCUCCUGGCGAUACGGCAUCACUUUCUCCGCAUACUCCAAUAGCUCGUGAUUUGUCCCCCCCACCAGCCCAAGCCGAGGUCUUACUCGAUACAUAUUUCGCCAGGUUUCAUGGGAAGCCAUACUAUAUCGUCGAUGAAUCCUCUAUUCGACAAAGACUUCAACUCAACCAGCUCCCUCGAUUCCUCUCCUUUGCCAUUUCAGCCGUAGCAGCGAGACAUACCACCGACCCUAGUGGGUAUCAAGCGGCUGCCAAACUUAGUGAAGACCUCGCAGCACGGGCUAGACGAGAGAUCAACAUCGACGAGCCAUCCAUAGAUGGAUUGCAGGCGCUUCUGUUGUUGGUCAGUGCCUUCACUGCGACAGGAAAAGGAAAGAAGGCAUAUAUGCUUAUGACAAGUGCCACUGGGAUGGCAAUGGCGCUAGAGAUUCAUAAGGAAACUGACGGGCAGGAUCGAAUGACUCCAGUUGAACGCGAGAUGCGACGCCGACUCUUUUGGACUUGUUACUUGCUUGACCGGUUUCAAGCAACCGGCUCGAAGCGACCCAGCCUAAUAAGUGACAAUACUAUUAUGCUGCGGCUUCCUUCUUGGUCGCCUAACUCAUCCUCGCUACCCGUCGAAGGCGAGUUCUUCCAAACAGGCUCGAACCUCCAGUACUUCCAGGGCAGCGACAAGAAACCCCAAGGAAGCAUGGGCAUGCUCAUCGACAUCACACGUGUUCUUGGAAACACAAAUCGAUAUCUUGCCGCUGGCGGCGUCAAGGGUGACUCUCACUUUCCAUGGCACACACUCUCCACAAUAUCCAAGAUCCGUCAAGACCUAGAUGUUUGGGCUUCGGGAACUGAGGACGUCUUUUCCAACCUCGGCACUCUUUUUGGACAGGCCGACUCGACUAUCCUCCUGCUCAGCAAAGUUAUAUACCACCUGAUCCACUGUCUCAUUUACCGACCGUUUCUCCCUAUCGACCUUGCAGAACUUGCAGAGACAGGACAGCAUCAAUCCUGGCAGAUUGAAGCCACUAACAUGUGCUUCCUUCACGCUAACGCGAUCAUGGAGCUAAUUCAACUUGGAAAGCAAUCGGGAAUUGUCGACUGGCCAGCAUUUAUUGGAUAUUGCGUCUGCACAGCAGGAACAGUUCACGUUCACGGAGCCCACUACAGUCAGCAAGGGAACCAAGGCGAGUUCAAUGUCUUCAGCUCGGCAGCAGAGUUUCUAUCAAGAGAGAUGCAGUUCUUGAGUGAGCUGCGGUAUGCCUGGGCUACAAUACAACAUCAACGCGAGACACUUCAAGACAUUAGCCACGCACAUGGCGAGUUGGUGAAGGCUCUAUCUCGCAGCUUAAUGCGCUAUACACCUGGAUUCCACAGCGAGGAUUUCUUCGAUCGGUAUUCCAACAUUGGAGGACCCGGUGGGCCGUCUUUCAGUUUCGAUGCAGCCAAUCUUCGCCUUGCAGAUGUUGUAGUUGACAUGGGUACUGGACCAGCUGCUGAAGACACCCUCCGAAACAACGACGGACUACGGCGACCCAGCCUCAAGCGCAAGAACACAGCUCCACCAGGACCUAUCAACCGGAGACGACCUGACGUGAAGGUUAUUUCGAGCCUCGCGCCCUCUGCGUCGGGACUACCUACUCCAGGCACUGCUCGACGAUCGUUCUCGUAUACGUCGGGAGGGAUGCCGCAUUCAUCACCUGGCCUCCUUGCAACGCCAACCUCAAUCCCGACCCAUCAUGAAAACCAGGAGAUGUACACUAUGCAUGACCACAUGGGUGGUGACGCAUCCGCAAACAAUGCUGCAGUCGCGGCGGCAGCGGCAGCAGGUUUCACCAUGUCACCCACGUCGCAUGCCGUUUCAUCUCAUAACAUGCACCCAAUGGGUGGCGCACCUUUCAGCCCACCUUACAGCUAUGGCUCGGGGUCAAGCAUUACGAAUGCUGGGCCAGGAAUGAUCAAUGAAGCGAACGGAGGCUAUGAUGCUAUGUUCGGAACAGUGCCCACCAACGCCUUUGGCAGCCCAGCGGCAUGGCACGGCGACGACAGCCAUACCAAGAUGCACCUCAAUCAGAUUCGCCCGACAGCGACAAGCCCUGGAGCACGAAGCAACAAUGGCAGUGCAGGAACAGGCCCAGGAGAGGAGAAGGAUCCGUUCCUGGCUCUUCUCGAGCAACUGGCCGAGAAUGAAAAUCGAUCGCAGAACGGGCAUGGAGGCGAUCUUGAUUUUUUCCUCGGCAACUCAACCGUCAACCCUUGA